GCUGAAGAAGCCAGAAUACAAUCUGCUUGAGCAGGUGGGACAAGAGAGAGAGAACCAGCCGCUUCUGCAGCAGCCUGGCCUGUCACUUCUGCGGCAUGGAUCUCCAGAAGGUGCUGUCCAGAAUGGUUCUGUUCCUGCUUUUUCUUUAUCUGUCACCGCUAGGAGGUCGCUCUCACCCUCUGGGCAGUCCUAGCCAGUCUCCGGAACUAGUCAAAAUGCAGACGCUGCUGGACCUGCUGAGGGAAAAGGCACAGGAGAUGGCCCAGGGGCAGCUCCGGAAGGACCAAGAUCCCACAAAAGCCCCUCCCAAAAGCACCCUUGCAUCUCAAGACAGCACCCUCCAGGACCUGCAGAGACUUCGAAACACCAAGAAGAUUCAUAAUUCGGGCUGCUUUGGGCACAAGAUAGACCGGAUCGGCUCCGUCAGUCGUCUGGGCUGCAAUGUGCUGAAGCGGUAUUAGGAAGACUCCCGGCUGCAGAUACCUGCUUUCUGACUCCACCUGGGGCUCUUCCCCCAACUCUGGGACCCCUUUUUGAAGUGAUCCUAUUUAUUUAUUUAUUUUUAUUUAUUUUUGGUUGUUUUCUACAAGACUGUUUCUUACCUUUGAGCACAAGCUUUCCAUGGCGCAAUAAACACAGCAUUUCUUGCUUUU